CAGGUUAUGUUAAUCGCUAUGCCAAUAUAUACAUAUAUACUUCUAUUAGACUAAAAUUAGGUUUGUUUACUGAGAUUUACUUCAGCGCCGACUGUCCGGAACGAUGCAAGUAUUAGGAUUCGCUUAAGAUGCGGAAACUUUUGAUAGUGUUGGUGGGGGUGCAGCUAAUUCUCGGUUCGGAGUGCGCAAUAUUACCUCAGCAUAUCAAGAAGUGUCACUUUGGUAAUACCACCUGCAUUAGGGAUACUGCAAAUGCUCUGAUACGCAAUUUUCCAAAGGGCAUACCCUCGGUGGGCUUGAAGCCCUUGGAUGUGGUCCAUGUGAAGGAUACGGUGCUCAUCAAUGAUCAACAACAGGGUGUACUUUGGUAUUUUUUCGAGCUCUUCAAUCAGAUUAAUUACGGCUUCGAGAACACUACUAUAACGGACAUCAAGGGCUUCGACGAAGAUCCCACAUCAUCGAAAAUAAUUGUUAAAGGACAAAUACCCAGAUUGAUAUAUAAAGGCUUCUAUAACGCCAUGGGCCGACUACUGUGGAUGGUACAAAUCAAUACAACGGGCGAAUCCGAAUCGGAAUUCCUAAACUUUCGUUUCGAUUUCACGCUAAAAGUGCAAACGGAAUAUCGUAGUGGUAAGCGGUAUCUGAAGAUCUAUCAACUGGUGCCCAAUGUCUAUGUGGAUCGCUGGAUACAAUGGUUGGAAAACUUUUUCCCAGAAAACACAGACUUAAGCAUUGCUAUCAAUAGAAUCUUCAAUGCAAAUUGGGUUGAGUUUUGGAAUGAAUUGGAAAAGCCCAUAUUGGAAGUAUUCACAGGUGUCUUUUUAAGCAUCAUCGAAGAUAUAUUUCAUAAUGUUUCAUACGAUGAUAUGUUUCUGUCGAAUAAUAUAAAUGUGAAUUGAAAGUUUAGUUAGUUUGAUUACU